AUUGCUCUUGGAUUAAAUAAAUAGUUGCUGUCCCUCUAGAAGACCAUGACAAAUCUGAGGCAAAUCCUUCUCCUUCAGUAAUGACAAUUGACUGCUUCCAUACGUUAGAGGCUAAGUCUUAGAAAGAUUGCCCCGUCACUGUCGCAAAAACUAUCAAACAACUUCUUCUUUCGAUCUCACUGUUUAUUUCAGUGUCUCGGAGAUGCCCUUCUGCAGUGUUGGAUGCACCACUCGCAGAGUUUCAAACCAAAUCUUUGCUUCAUUUUGAUGAUACAAGGUCGAUGGACAUGAAGAACCCUUCUGAUUUCCCUUCUAAUUACAUGCUUCUUGAGGCCAGUGGUGACUCUGAAACUGAUUGCAAUCCCACUAUGGAAGAACAUGGUUCUGAUGAUGAUGCUCAAUCUUGCAUCCACGAUAGUUCUGAGACAUGUAAUGCUGCAGAGCUCAAAGGAUACGAGUUUUGGAAAAAUGAUCAUGAUGUAGACGAUGUUGAAGAUGAUGAGAAGAAAAGUGAGGUUCAUGGAACAUCAUAUUGUGAUGAUGAUGAUGAUGAGAUGCAAGAACACCAGAAGUCGUGUGUCUCUGAUGAGUCAGGCCAUGAAGUGUUGGAUGAGAUGGAAAAGAACAGAAGGUUCUGGGAAGCUUGCUUGGCAUCGUGAUUACGUUUGAAGUAAUUCCCUUUUUCUCUGAAUCACACUGUUCUGGCUUCAAGAACAUUCAUACAAAUUUCUUUCUUUUUGGGUCAAUUAAACUUGUCAAAAAGAUAAAAGCUUUCAAUUGUAUGUAUCUAUGGCUAAACGGAAUUGUUCACAGUUUCAAACCACAUUUACUUGUAUAAAUCAUUGAUCACACUAUUCAAGUAUUACCAUUUCUUAUAACAGCUUAAUCAUGUAGCAUACUCUUGAUACAGAAUCGAUUGAUUCAGUUUAGUUAUCUUUGAAAUUGGGAUUAUGAGAUUCCAUGGUUAAGGAGAUUCAGGGAAAUUCGGUUCUGCGAUUCAUUCUUUCA